CCUAUUUGUGCAGGCGGAAGGUGGAGCCCCAGGCUCUAAGCGGGGCGGAUCCUGUGGCCCUGGAGAGACUAAAGCCACUAGCUCGCUUAAGCAGUCCAGGAUACCAUGAAGCUACUUCAAGUCUUGGAGCCUGGAGACUGCCCCCAGAAGGCAACAUGGUACUCCUUGGCACCCCCUGGACUUGGCCCCUGUGCUCGAGUUGGCCAUAACUGUCUCUACCUUCCCCCUGGUCAAGAUACCGAUCGAGGAAAAGUCUUCGUAGUUGGGGGAGCGAAUCCUAAUGGCAGCUUCUCAGAUGUGUACUGCAUUGAUCUGGAUACUCAUCAGUGGGAUGAAGUGGAUUGUGAAGGUCUAUUGGCCCGCUAUGAGCAUGCCAGUUUCCUUCCCCUCAGCACCCCUGGCAGGAUCUGGGUGUUUGGAGGAGCAGACCAAUCAGGGAACCGAAAUUGCUUGCAAGCAUUGGAUCUUGAAACCAGGAUAUGGAGCACUCCUAAUGUGACUGGCACACCACCAUCUCCAAGAACAUUUCACACAGCAUCCGCGAUCAUCGGAAACCAACUAUAUGUUUUUGGUGGUGGGGAAAAAGGAGCCAAACCUGUUCAGGACACGCAGCUCCAUGUAUUUGACGCAAUGACAUUAACCUGGUCACAGCCUGAAACCUGUGGGGAACCACCCCCACCCCGUCAUGGACAUGUGAUGGUGGCCUUAGGGCCGAAACUUUUUGUCCAUGGUGGCUUAGCAGGGGAUGAAUUCUAUGAUGAUCUGUAUUGCAUAGACACAAAUGACAUGAAAUGGGAGAAGUUGGAGACUACAGGUGAUGUUCCUUCAGGCUGUGCUGCCCAUUCUGCUGUGGCUCUGGGGAAGCACUUAUACAUCUUUGGAGGAAUGGCUCCCACAGGGGCUUUGGCUACAAUGUACCAAUAUCACAUAGAAAAACAACACUGGAGCCUGCUUAAGUUUGAUACAUAUUCACCCCCUGGACGACUGGACCAUUCAAUGUGCAUCAUUCCUUGGCGUGUGGCUCCUGCCGCUGCAGAAGAACAUACAAAUGUAGGCAGUGUCACCAGCAAUGUAGAGAAAGAAGACUUAGCUGAUGAAAUUGUGAAAGAAGGUGAUCAGAAAGUGACAGAUACAUUCCUAUGCUUAGUGUUUGGUGGGAUGAAUACUGAAGGGGAAAUCUAUAAUGACUGUGUUGUAACACCAGUUGACUAAUAAAAUUAAUGUUUUCUUAA